UUCUUAAGCCCUAUUCCUUAAAAUCUCCAUACAGUACAAGCUUUAUGUUAGUGGAGAGGAAGCAGGAGAGAGGAAUGGGGGAGAUGACUGGGGUGGUGGGGGAGGGGGAGAGGAUGGGGGAGGUGAGGGAGAAUAGGAAGAUUAGUAAGGCCAAGAAUAAGAAGAAAAGGAAGAAGAAAGGCCAGAAUCAGGAGUUUUAUAGAUUAAAUACCAAAAUGAAGGCAGAGAAUGCGUAUAUUUGUAAUCUUAACCCAAAGAUGUCCCAUCCUAAGUAUAUAAACUGAUUGAACUCCCUUAGAAAUCCUGAUAUUUUUGGAAUAUUUAAGAAGAGAAAAUACGCAUGUGAUCUGAAGAUAACUCCUUCUGGGAACAAAAACACUCCUGAAACUUUGAAUAUUCUUAAAGGAAACUGGUACAAAUCUAAGAUUAUCACAAGAGCUGAAUUCAGAAAUGAAGAGUUCAGAAAGACCAAAAGAGAAAAGAGGAUGGAAAGAAAGCUCAGAGAGAUGAACGAGCAAGAACAACGAAGAAGAGAACAAGCUGAACAGGAGAAAAUAAUGGCUGAGAUAGAGCAUUACCAUACUCGCCAAAGCAAGCAGAAGGAAGAUAAUAAAGAGAAAUCUCUUGAAGAAAAACUAGUUUCAAUCAUCCCUGUCAGUGAACUGAGAGACAAGAAGUUGAAGGAUAAAUUAAAGAAACAAAACAAGGAGAACAAGGAAAAUAUUGAAAAGAAGAAAAGAGACAUUAAAGCAGGAGAGAAAGAGCAAGAAGAGAAAGAGGAAGAAGGAAAAGAAGCUAUAGAGUAUAAAUCAGAAGAUGAAAUUCCAGAUCAAACUAUGAUCAAGAAACGAAGGAAUCUUAGAGUGUUUGAGAAAGAAUUUCAUGAAGGAAAGGGUCCCAAAUGAAGAAUCUGUCAUCAGCAUGGCCAUACUUUUAAAGCUUGUCCGAACCAAGGAGAACAAGAUCCUAUUUGCAUUAAAUGAGGAAUGGCCCAUCCAAUAGACGAUGAAGCCAAAUGCGUGGCAAAUAUUUGAUUCAAGUGAGGCACGCAGGGCCAUCAGCUUAAGAAUUGAGAUAGGGCUAAGAUGAUAGAGUGCAGUAUUUGUAGGAUACCUGGACAUGUUGAGAGGAAUUGACUUCAGGAUUUUCAGAAAGUGAAGCAUCUUUAUGACCCGAAGAGCCAUGUUUAUGCGGAUUUGAGGUGAAUGUCUUGUGGUGAGAAAGGACAUCUUAAUUGUAAGAGAUUUCCGAUUAUUUCUACCAUUAGGAAUCCUUUCUUGGUGUUUAUUGAUAGUUAUCAAAGUUUUGAUAUUUGAAAAGAAGCUUUUCUUACAACUAAACCAGACAAGAGUCAUGCUAUUGAAGAUUACUGAAAGAUGGAUUACCAGACUAUAAAAGAUAUCUUCUGGGAAGAAAUAAAUAACGAAUACCUUGAAUAUCUGUGGAAGAGGUCCAUAAUGAAUGCUCAGAAUCAAAUAUAUCACAGAAAAGAUGAAUAUAUUAAUCCCUUUGAGCAAGAUGAUAAGGACUCUCUAGAGAUGACGUUUAGUUGGAACCAAGUGACCAAACCUCCUGAGAAUUUCAAUGAAGUUGUCAAUAAAGAGAUAAAUGAAAUUAAAGAAAUGGAUCUUUUUACUCCUACUCUGCUGCAGACCAACAAAGUUCUAAUCCCAAAAGGUGGAGGAAGGUUCUAUAAUGUCUGUGGAAAUUGCCUCAGAAACACUCACUUUACUUUUGCUUGACAUAAAGAACGAAAUCUGAUCUGGAAAAAGUCCGAACAGAGGGAAAGAUUGAGACUAAACUUCAAAGACAAAAGGUUUGAUGAAAAGCAUCUCAAAUGCCCAUUCUCGACUAAAACUGACAAAGAAACUGAAGAGGCUAAAAACCAAGAAUUCUCUAAUAUUUACGAAAAGAUAGAUGCCUUGGGCCAGGAAUAUCAGGAUGAAAUCGCCUGGUACGAGAACAACCACCAAGAAUUGGUCAGAGUAGACUCUGCUGAAAUCGGUCUGAAUGAAGACCUCGAGUUGCCUAUUGUUUUCAAUAUUCAUAAAAUCUUCAGAGAUAGAGAAGAAAUCAAGCAAAAGAGGGAAGAAGAAAGAGAAGGAGGUAUAGGCCAGAGACGUAGAGGAAGAUUCAGAAGACGAGGCAGCAGGUUUGGAUUCAGUACUGGCACAAGAGGUGGACAUAGAGGAAGACCAAGAUUUAACUAUGAAGGAAGAAGAGGAGGAAUGUAUAGAAGAGAACGAAGAGAUAGAAGAGAUAGAAGAUACUAAAUGUUCAAUCAAGAGCAUAUUUAAU